AUGCCUUGGGACAUGUCCGGCUCCCAUCCCCCACCUUCCCGCCCACCUCCGCCCACCGUCUACCUGCUCUAUAGCUUCACUGCCAGCCCCACCUAUAUCCAGUGCACCGUCUCCAUGGAAACCGCGGAGGAGGUCACGGUAGCUGGGCCCCCUCGCGUCACCCCGAGCCUCGCCGGCUACAGGCGCCGGGAUUGCGGCCUCCCAGGCGCCUCGGCCCGCGUGGACUCUAGUCUGCGUUCCCCGCCCCCGCUCCACUCAGCCCGCGGCUCAGGCCGUAUGACUCUGCCGGGUCCUAACCGGGAAGGGCGCACCUGGUUACCAGUGCGCUAG